CUCAUUCCACCCUAGGGAUGUCUACUGCAGACUUAAACUUCAUCCUGGAGAAAACCAUUAUAACAGUCGUCUGACAAAUGUUUUUCAUUCAUUCGGCAAUCAAACGUUGAACACUCACCGCUACUGUGGUAUAAAAUACGCAGUCUAUACCUAAAAGUGUAAGAAGCGCUCGUGCUGACAUCGAAAUAUUUAGUGCCGUGUUUUAUUAACAAAAAUGCCGAGACCGAUCGUCGUCAAAUGCCAUUUAACGACACACAAAGACGAAGGAAUAGAAAUACGACGCUUUCUCUACCCAUUUAUAGAUAUUCCGACCGUGGCUGUUUUGAAAGAUUAUGUGAGAACCCUUUACACUCAAUUAAAAGGAGAAAAAUUAGAAUUUUUGUAUCUGGACGACGACAACGAACGUGUAGUGUUUUCGACUGAUGACGAGCUGGAAUUGGCAUGGCUUGAAGUUACCGAAAGUGAAGAUCCAAAGCAACAGUUGCAGUUAUAUGUCUGCGUUUCCAGUGGACAACACGGACAAUAAAUAAAUCAAAAUUUGUGUUGCUGUGUAUUGUUUUAAAAGGCGGUGUA